AUGGGAGGCGAGUGUUCAUUACCUGGUUGUACCCUCUGUUUUCUCCGCUUUGUUCUUCCAAGAAGCUUUAGUGUUACCUAUUCGCCAGAACCUAAUGAUGGAACUGGUGUCAGAAAUAUAGACAAUACAGUAGCUAACUAUUGCAGUGGUUUGAUUAGUGUUUUGGCAGAUGGCGCUCCAACAUUACUUUCUGGUUUAACGGAAUGCCUUAGUAGCCACAGUUUAUCUGGCCCUAAACACAAUAGUAAUGAACAAUGUCCGCCAUGUCAGAAUCAAGAUACAAACCAAAAUGGUCCAAAAAAUAGUCAAGAAACACAAAAUUCCAAUGUAUCUAAAAAGGGGCUCUUCCAGUUCUGUAAUGUUAUGUAA